AUGGGCAUUUCUCAGGGUGGUGGAGAGAGAGAGAGAGAGAGAGAGAGAGAGAGAGAGAGAGAGAGAGAAAAGAAGGGAAAGAGAGAGAAGACAGAGAAAGAAGAAAGAGAGAAAGAGAGGGAGAUAAAGAGAGAGAAUGAGAGGGAGAGAGAGAAAGAGAGGGAGAGAGAGAAAGAGAGGGAGAGAGAAAGAGAGGGAGAGAGAAAGAGAGGGAGAGAGAAAGAGAGGGAGAGAGAGGGGGUGGAUAAGACAGGAAGAGAAGCAGAGAUGCAGACGCGCAGACUAGAGGGAAGCGGUUGCGAGUCAAUGCGGAACUGCGCGCGGCACACCACUUUCGCUGCCCCUCCUGCGGCCUCGGGGCGCCCGCGGGCAGAGCGCUGGCCGGCCGGGCAUCGCGACCAGUCACUCCUCGCGCCUCAUUGCGACUCGGGUGAAAGGAAGAGGAUACACACUGCCGCAUUGGGCGACUUCACGCGCCCUUCCGUCGCGCAGGAACCGCGCUACGGCGUCGUCUUGGCGAAUCGCGCCAGGCGGCGCGGUGUCGAGGAGGAGGAGGAGUUCCGGCAAGGUGGAUCGCGCCGAGGACCUCGACCCUGGCGCGGCGCCGUGCGGCGAGCGGGCGGGCUGUCUGCCGAGCGGAAGUGGGCCACUGACACCGCACCGACCCACUUGCGCCGCGCGGCGGCGGUCGCCCGCUCGCGCCUCCGCCCCGCCCCGCCCCCUUUUCAACUCCUCCCAGCCGCGCCGCGCCGCAUCGCAUGCCGCCUUCGCCUCGCGGCACAAGCUGGUCCCGAUACCUCGAGAGGAACCGGCAAGUUGACGUGUAGGUCGGAUGUGCCGAGGGAAACCCUCAGGCAUACGGGAAGCACACACGCUCUCCGACUUCACCGACUUCCUCUCGGCCUAUUCUUACGCUCGACCUGGUUCACGCGGCACGAUAGGGAAGGUUGCGUUGCCAGUGCACGGCGGGGGGUUAGAUAG